GUUCAGUUAAGACGUGCAAUGGGAACAAAGUUUAUUUUAACAUUAGUAAUUGUGUUCCUACAUUUGUGUGGAGUUUUGUGUCAAGAUGAGAUUUUAAAUUGUGAUUUUACAUGCCGUUAUCCAACAGUUUGUUCUGCUAAUCUUACAAUUUUCAAUCCAAAUGGAUUAAACAGCUUUAACGAAAUUACUGGUCCAGCUCGACAGAACGACGUUUUUAGCGAAGUUUUUACAGUAUUUGGAUCACAUUCUACAAAUGUCCCGCAGAUAAUUUGUGAGACUUUUAAAAAUAUUUAUAGAAUCGGUCUGAAUCAAAUUGGUCUUGAAAGAGUUGAUGAUUAUUCAUUUAGGAGCUGCAAAGGGUUGAUUUAUAUAUUUUUGUGGGGAAAUAAUAUUUCCUAUAUUCACGAAAAUGCAUUUGCUGAAAAUCCAAAACUUUAUUAUUUAGCUUUGCAAGGCAAUAACAUCAAGAUGUUGCCAGAAAACGUGUUCCUUAAUCAACAAAAAUUAGAAUGGCUAUCGCUCGAGGGUAAUCCCUUCAUUGACAUUCACAAAUAUGCCUUUAAGCCACUGAUCAUCUUGGAUAAACUUCAUAUUAAAAGAAGUGAACUUGUUGAUGUUAAGCCUGAAUGGUUUGAGACUCUAGGAAUGCUGACAUUUUUGGAUCUAUCAACAAAUCUAAUUGAGACGCUACCAAAAAAAGUAUUCAAUCCACUUAAGAAUAUCACUUAUAUUGGAUUAAUUCACAACAAGCUAACAGUCAUACAUGCUGAUUCAUUUGGAAUUUUGAUAAGCGCACCCAGAAUAAGCUUUUACAGCAACAAAAUAAAUGCGAUUGAUGUUCAAUUUAUAUUCAAUACUGGAGCAAGUACGAUUGAUAUGGAAUAUAACGUAUGUGCUAAAGUGACAAUAAGUGAUAAUUCAACAUCCAAGGAACUAAUGAUGACUGGAUUUAAGACUUGUUUUGAGAAUUAUAAAGCUAUGUCAGAAAUGACAACUUUGCCAACAACAAUAACGACUGAUUCGACAACAACCCAAUCCUCAACUUUACCCACUAGUUCAUCAACUUUACCGCCUGGAUGUACUAAUGAGAACUGGAUUGAAAGAAUCUGUAAAGUUGAAGAAAAAUUCGAAGAAUAUGAAACAAUCUUUAAUGAAAUCGAAGAAAAAAUGGAAAAUUUAACAAAAAAUCAAAAUGGAAUGUUAAGAAGUUUAGAGGAUCAACAAAGUCAAGUUACUGAAAAUAAAAAUGAAAUCAUUUCACUUAAUGAGAUUAUUUCUAUAUUGAGGAAAGAUUUAGACAAUCAGAUUGAAAUAAAUGCUAAUCUUGAGAAUAAAGUUAAAAAAAUAGAGGAAAUCGCAGAAUUAUUGAACAAAGAAAAUCAACAAAUCAAGAGGGAUAAAGACAUAUUAGAAUUUAGAGUUGAGAGUCUCAGUAAUUUUGUCAAAACUGAAGUUAAGAAUUUGGAAGAUAAAAUUCUUGUUUUGUCGACACGACCAUGUUCAUGUAAUUAACUGAAACUUAAUGAAUAAAAAAAUGUGUGUCAUCAUUAAAGAAUUUUGAAAGUAAAUCUUUAAUUUUGCAUUUGAAUUUUGAGCCAACAUAAAGACACAGAUAACAAAUUUCGCGAUAAUUUUGAUAAGAAAAUGCUCUGGAAAAUCAACAAUCUCAUCACGAGACAUAAUAUAAAUACACAGUGCGAUUACUUAUUUAUCUUGCAAACUGACGAUUUAAAGGGGGAAACAGUUUCAAGGGAAACAUUGUUGAAAGGAAAUUCUAGACUAGUUUUUUUCUUUUUUCGCUAUUUUCCAUAAAAACUGAGUUCUAAAAUGAAAACUACAAAAUCUCAUGAAAUUUUACAACAAAACUUUUUCCCAAUCAUGUUGUUUUCCCCUUGAGCAAAUAA